AUGGGACAAGGCUACUCCCUCACAACCCUGUCCGCGGGGUCGGCAGGCAUCGAUGUACCUGAGCUAUCUGAUCUGGUGUAUGAAAAGUCCAUGGGGGGUGGCAGAUUCAUGAAGAGCAUCCGCGCAAGGCAACAAAAUGGUCUUGUGUUUGUCAAGGUGAUCAUGAAGCCAUUCCCAACCAUGGAGCUCGAGUCAUACAUAACAGCAAUUACGAGGGAACGCAAACUAUUAGCAGAUGUACCAAAUGCGUUGAGCUACCAGAGGAUUCUCGAAACCGCCACAAGUGGAUACCUAGUGCAACAUAUUGAAAAAAAGUGGAUUGCAUUCCAACUGCUAUGUGCUCUUCGAGAUUGCCAUUCACUGGAUAUCUACCAUGGUGAUAUCAAAACGGAAAAUGUCCUGGUUACAGCCUGGAAUUGGUUGUACAUGUCUGAUUUUUCGUCAUCUUUUAAACCAACAUUUCUCCCGGAGGAUAAUCCCGCGGACUUUUCUUUCUUCUUUGACAUUUCCGGGAGGCGAACAUGUUACUUGGCCCCCGAGCGUUUUUCGGUUGCUGGGGAAGAGCCCCGAGGGAGCGGUGUCAACUGGGCAAUGGACAUCUUCAGCGCUGGCUGUGUCAUUGCGGAACUCUUCCUUGAGGCGCCAAUCUUCAAUCUGAGUCAAAUGUACAAAUAUCGCAAAGGUGAAUACAGUCCCGCGCACAGUCAACUGGCAAAGAUCGAAGAUCCAGACAUUCGAGAGUUGAUCCUGCAUAUGAUUCAGCUGGAACCGGAGUCACGCUACUCUGCAGAGGAGUAUCUCAACUUCUGGAAAGGAAAGGCAUUUCCAGAAUACUUCUACAGCUUUCUACACCAGUACAUGUCUCUUAUGACUGAUCCCUCCUCUGGUCGACCAGACGUGGAUCUAGAAUCGGCCAACAGGGGGGAAGCAGACGAGCGAAUUGAGCGAAUUUAUUUGGACUUCGACAAAGUAUCUUAUUUUCUCGGCUCCAAUACUCGUGGAAUUGGGGGGCUCCCUAAAUUGACCGGCAACACUUUGCCCGUGAGGCUUGAUCUGCCGAGUGGCGAAACCCAAAUAUCAACAACACCGUCGCAGCCUGACGAGGGAGCUCUAAUAUUCCUAACACUUGUGGUUUCUAACUUGCGAAACACUGCCAAGGCAUCAGCUAGAAUCAAGGCCUGUGAUAUUCUCCUUGCCUUUGCAGAACGAUUGUCGGAUGAAGCUAAAUUGGAUCGAGUGCUCCCAUACAUCAUGAUUCUUCUGACUGAUCGGACCGAUACUGUCAAGGUCGCUGCGAUUCGCUCCCUAACUCAAUUACUAAAAAUGGUCCAAGUGGUUUCUCCAGUCAAUGCCUAUCUGUUCUCUGAGUACAUCUUCCCUCGGCUUCAGCCGUUUGUUGCCAACUCCAACAACAAUCCAAGUGCCAUGGUCCGUGCAGCGUAUGCAUCCUGCAUUUCGUCUUUGGCUCAGUCGUCCUUGCGCUUUCUGGAUAUGAUCCAAGCAUUGCGUUCUGAUACUCGUUUGGCUGCAUUGAUACCGGUCGGCUUUGAGCCCCGGUGGUCCGAGGAUGCGACCUACCACAACCUCUAUGACGUGGCUCGGGUCGACCUUUUGGAAUACUUCGAAGUUCACACAAAGUCCCUCUUGACGGACACAGACGCAUCAGUUCGGCGGGCCUUUCUGGGCUCUGUGUCUAGUCUCUGUGUGUUCUUUGGCAAUCUCAAAACAAACGAGGUUGUUCUUAGCCACCUGAAUACUUAUUUGAACGAUCCAGAUUGGAUCCUCAAAUGUGCCUUUUUCGAGGCCGUGAUAGGCGUUGCAGCCUAUGUGGGAAGCCUCAAUUUGGAGCUAUACAUACUCCCACUGAUGGUUCAGUCCAUGACUGAACCGGAGGAGUUCGUUGUUGAAAGAGUGCUUCGCUCUCUAGCAGAUAUGGCUGACUUGGGCUUGUUCCAGCGAUCAACAACGUGGGAUCUUCUCCAUACCACUGUAGGAUUCCUGGUGCAUCCAAAUAUGUGGAUUCGGGAGGCUGCAGUCAAAUUCGUGGUGAAUUCUGCCAGAUUUCUAUCAACGGCGGACAUUCACUCCAUCCUGACACCCAUCAUCCGGCCUUUCCUGAAAAUUAAGAUCGUUGAUUUUUCUGAGCUCAAAAUUCUCGAUGCGCUCAAACGACCAAUAUCGAGAAAUGUGUAUGAUAUGGCCUUUGUUUGGGCUUCCAAAAACGACAGAGGUAUUUUCUGGAAAUCAUCAAGUCGACAAGGCAUGUUCGCCUUGUCUGAGCCUAGUGCUUUCAGUUCCCGCGUAGGACAGCGAGAUCCAUCUUUUACUAUGGCCGCCCAAUCAAAAAACGAAGAGGACGAGCAAUGGUUAAGCCGGUUGAGAAAUCUAGGGAUGAAUACUGAGGAUGAACUCAAAUUUCUCGCGCUCAAAGACUAUAUAUGGAGGGUCUCGUUGCGGCAGUCGAGGGAAUCCGAUGGACAAGCCUCUGUCCCUUCAAACGAUAUUGUCAGUUUGACACAACAUGGCAUCAAGCCUCAGACUGUUUUCUUUGACAAAGAACUUAAGGACCAGCCGCGGAGAACCUCUUUGGAUGGAUAUGAGGGUAAUCUUCUAGAUGAUGCAAGGCCGAGAACUAUCGCAGACGCUUUGCUCGAUGCCUCUACAACCAUCGAGCGGACACCUAGUCUUCAUCGCAAGCACUUGCGCUCAAAGAGCCAAGCCUCAAAAGAUCAAAGGCGAUUCUCGGGAAUUCCUAUCAUAGAUGGAGGGGAUGAUUCUUCCCCAUUGUCAUCAUCUCCAGUGGCAUCGUCGCCUGCUACAAGAGCGAGCUCUCGCCCAUUAUCCCCUCCAAGCUCAGAUACUGAUCGAAAACUUUCCAGUCGCGGACCCAGUCCUGGCCAAGAUGGAUCAUCGACACCAACAAACGCAGAGACAAGAAGUCUAGUUGAUCGGGUUCAUAAAAAGCCCAGUGCGAUGAAUUUGAUGAAUCGCAAGGACAAUGGCAAAGCCUACGCGGAGACAGGCACCAGCUCUGCGAAUGCCUUUGGCAAGGUCGACGCACCCGUUCAAAAAGGGGGAACGCUCCAACCAUCUACAUCCUUACUCCCAUCCGAACGUAAAACUCAAACGAUAUCGCAAAAGUACCGGGCCCACCAUUCGUAUGUGGGCAAUGACCCUGCCGUUCUGCGACUGUUAGACAACGUCUUUGAAGAAAAUUACCCGACAGAUCUAUUCGAUCUAGGACCGUAUGUGAAAGAAGUUGAUACCCGACAACCGAUUCGCAGCGCCACAGAUCAAGAGCCAAACAAGAUCUGGAGGCCUGAAGGGAAUCUGGUCGCGACUUUUGGUGAGCACAGUGCGCCAAUCAAUCGUGUCGUUGUCGCGCCAGAUCAUUCUUUCUUCGCCACUGCUUCCGAUGAUAGUACUGUGAAGAUCUGGGAUACCACUCGUCUGGAACGAAACCUGACUCCUCGGUCUCGCCAGACUCACCGUCAUGCGCCAGGCUCGCGGGUUAAAGCCCUGACCUUUGUGGAAAAUACCUACACUUUCGUCAGUGCGGCUACUGACGGUAGCGUUCAUGCUGUCCGAGUCGACUAUCAGAAAGUCAGUCAGACAGCCGUCCGAUAUGGCAAGCUUCAAAUCGUUCGCGAAUAUCAACUCCCCACAGCUAAGGACGGCACCCUAGAGUACGCGGUUUGGAUGGAGCAUUUCCGCGAUGAAGGGCAGUCCACCUUGGCUCUUGCGACUAACAAUUGUCGCAUUAUCGCCCUGGAUAUGAAGACGAUGCUGCCAAUCUACACGCUAGAAAAUCCCGUCCACCACGGAACCCUGACAACAUUCUGCUGCGACCGAAGACAUCACUGGCUACUGGUCGGCACCACCCACGGAGUCCUCGACCUUUGGGACCUGCGCUUCCGCGUGCGUCUAAAGGCAUGGGGUCUCCCAGGUUGGGGCGCUAUUAACCGCAUCCAACUUCAUCCGGUCAAGGCACGUGGACGCUGGGUCUGCGUCUCCAGUAGCGGCAGCCACGGUAACGAAAUCACAGUCUGGGACAUUGAAAAGUUCCGCUGUCGCGAAGUUUACCAGGCGACCCCACUCGGUGUCGGCAACAAUGGCCCCAAUGGAGCUCAUCCUUCCCGCGCCCCUUAUCCAGCGCACAUCGUGCCAAGUGACUACGAAGCAUGGCGGGUUGACGGUGACAGACCGGAGGGAAUGCUGAGUCGAUUUGCCUCGAACAGCACCGACCCAGGCAAUUCUUCGAAUCCGGCUGGUGAUCGGCCGGGCAUUUGGGCCUUCACUACUGGUCUCAAUGCCCCUGACGAGGAUAAGGACUCCAGCACCAAAUGUGGGUACAUCAUAUCCGCUGGAUGCGACCGGAAGAUCCGCUUCUGGGACCUUGCUCGGCCGGAUCUAUCGUCCAUAGUUAGUGGUCUGGAUGUUGUCUCGGAUGGAAGUGCCAGCGGCAAACCGCACUAUGAACAGUCUCAGCCCGGUCCCAAUCUCCUGGUUACUACCGAGCGCCUCCCGAGUUCGUCUGGUGGCUCGAGGGAUACUAGGAAGGGGGCUAGUCGACCACCCCGUAGUACGGUCAUUAGUCUGCAGCAGCAGAUGCUUUUGAAGAGUCAUCUGGAUAUUGUUCAGGAUGUGGCGGUUUUGCGUGUCCCAUAUGGUAUGGUGGUUAGUGUUGACCGGGCUGGGAUGGUUUAUAUUUUUUCUUAG